AUGGCAGCGCCAAAUAACGAGACGAAGGGCGAAAAAGUUUGUGUUCCACGAAAUUUUUAUCUUCUUGAUGAACUCGAGCAAGGACAAAAGGGGUCUCAGGAAGGUAGUAUCAGUUGGGGAUUAGAAAAUAUGGCUGAUGCAACACUUACCAAAUGGAACGGAAUGAUUCUAGGUCCUACUCGAACUCCUUUUGAAAAUCGUAUUUACGAUUUGCGGAUCGAAUGUGGACCAAAGUAUCCAGAUAUCCCUCCAACAGUUAGGUUUGUCACCAAAAUACGUAUGCACGGAGUAAACGAGAACACUGGUGAAGUUGAUCCUCGAAUGUUCUCUACUCUGUCUAACUGGACUCGUGGAUACUGCAUACGUCAUGUGCUACUGGAUGUCCGUAAGAAAAUGUCUGCAUCUGAAAAUUCAAGACUUGCUCAGCCACCAGAAAACUCCACUUUCUAA